AUGUCUCUUGCAGAUCUCAAAGUCGGCGGACUCUAUGUCAUUCUCCAAAGCCGUCAGGAACCACCCGAACCCAAUGAAUUCUACUCGGGUCUUUACCUGCACUCGGACUCCGUUGGAGGAAUGACAUACCACGUCGUAGACACAGGAUCAGGUCUGAGACCUGAGCAUGAGUAUACCGGCGGGAUCUUCAACACACCACUUCUAACGGGUCUGUUCCGAAUCGCCGAUAUCACUCGUCCCUUGCAUCCGUUUGUCGACAGGGUGAUAAGGUCUUACGACAGCAGUCUCAACUGCCCUGGCAGAAGCAGUAAUAGCAAAUUCUGGGUUUUGAAUGUCCUUGCACUACUGAUCCAGCCUACGGCUACGGGAUGGCUUCCAGUGAACUGUCAUAACUUGCCGAUCUUGGAGCAGGAAAUUCGCGAUUGGGGGAAUCGGAUGUCUCAGAGGUGUGUUUAUCAGAGACCCAAACCAAUUGGGUCGUCGACUAUCUGUGGAUUGCCUGAAUGGAAGACACAGCGUGAGUUAUCUAUUUCCUUCGGUGAUCUCGGUGUGGGGAAGUAUUGA